AUGCAAAACCUAUUACUAGGAUUCCGUCAAUUCUCCCGUGAUGGCGGCCGGAAUCCAGCCCCGGCAGAUAUCCAAUCUUUGUCCGAAAUCAGCUACCCGGUGGCGGACAAGGCCUUGAUAUUUGGUGCACGACUGAUAAUGAAGGAUAGCGAUGAAGAAAAUAGCGAUGAAGAGGACAACGACGAGGAGCUGAGGCCCAAAAGUACAAUCCAACGCGGCCAUGACUAUGGAAUGGUACAUGGACAGAAAUGCUCGUCGCCAAAUUUACAAGUUGGAGGAAGCUGUACGCGUCCCGUCUCCAUGGAUGUCAUGGGUCGCGUCAAUCUGGAGCACGACCCGUACUGCCUCCGGAAACACUUCACAACGCGAUGGGCUGUGCUGAAGGACGGGGAUGGUGCUGAAGUUGAGUGGAGCGAUGCGGAGUGGUUCUACGCGGACGACGUCGGCGCCAACAAUACUCCCGUGGGUCUGCAGGUGGCUGACGACAGGUUCUCGGGGUCGGUCAGGGCUUUACAGGCGCAUGCGACCGACCUCGAUUUGAUAUGCGAAUUCAAUUUCGCUGCGGUCAAGGGGAGGAUGCGUCUGUACAAUCUCAUCUCUGCACAACUAUUGCUAUACCGAGUCGUUGCCAACUUUGCGGCGCCACCGUGCACGGAAGUAAAUGGUUACAAGUCUGCCUGGUCCUACACUUUUUACCACCGGGAAGACCCCACGUGUAUGCUCGAGAUUUCUGAGCGCGCGGGCGCGCCCUCGGCGAAGUUUCUCGGGAGCAGGAAAUCUAGUCAUGAGGCCCUCCAGCUGAUGGAUUGGCUCACGGGCACAAAUUAUCCGCACUCGUACGAUUACACGCUGUGUGGACAAGUUGCAUAG